AUGUUAACGGUCAAGCUGGCCAUAUCUCUGCUGUUUGUCAACAUUUGCAAGCUAGCAGCAGAAUACACAGGUUUGGACACAAGUCAGUUGAGAAAUAUCAAACCUUCCCGCAUCAAUAAGCUCCAGAGGAAUCGUACAGGUUUAUUCGGGAGAAUGGUGCUGAGCAUUGCAGCAAUUGCAGUAAACUACCUACUUGACAAGCUCAAGGACUUUCUAGAGAAUGGGGUUCUAUUCAAGGAUGCCGAGGAAGAAGUUACUUUAGUGAAGAGACAAUUGGAGUACAUAAGGACAUUCCCAAGGGUUGCAGAUUCCCUGGAAGAGAGUGAUGAGGAAGUCAAAGUUUGGGUGAAGCAGCUGAGAGAAAUCGCAUAUGACGCUGAAGAUGCUCUUGAUGAGUUCAAACUUCUCCUGGCGCAUGAUCAUGGAAUUUGUUCCCCUGGUCUUCUCUCCAGGAUGUCCUGCUGUAUCAAGAACAUGAAAGGUCGAUACCGAAUUGCUUCACAGAUGAAAUCCAUCAACUCCAGAAUAAGAAACAUAUAUGAUGGACAUUGGAGAAUCCAUGACAAAUUAAAAGCCGAACAUCAUUAUGGCUCUAGUAAGCCAGAUGACACGUGGCAGGACCAGCGAGGGCAAGCUCUUCUUUUAGACAAAGCUGAGCUCGUGGGCGUCAGUGAACCGACAAAACAGUUGGUCGGCUGGCUGGUUGAGGGUGCUUCCACGCGGGGAGUAAUCUCAGUUGUGGGGAUGGGAGGACUGUGGAAAACUACGUUAGUCAAGCAAGUUUAUGAAGAUCCAGAAGUGAAGAAACAUUUCAUGAUACGUGCUUGGAUAACUCUUUCUCAAUCUCCAAAUAUAGAAGAGCUCCUCCAAGGCACGGUUCCACAAAUUUUGAGGGAGACCCAAGCACCUGUUCCUCCUCUGCAGGACAACAUGGAUACAUUAUGCCAGAGGACUAUUAUAAAGGAACUGCUACAAAAAGCAAGGUACCUGAUUGUUGUAGAUGAUGUGUGGCGCAUAAAUGAAUGGAAUGCGAUCAAACAUGCAUUGCCUAAUAACAGCUGUGGCAGCCAAAUAAUUAUCACUCCUCUUUGCUUGCUGCUCUCGGCCAUCUAG